AUGAACGAUCUCCAGGAGUUCCUUACACGGGAACGGGAGGUGGCGCGGGGCAUGGCAAAAGCCGUGCUGGACAAAGCGCCAUCGGCGGGGGCUGCGGCCCGGUGGUUAACGAUUAUGCACACGUCGCGUGAGCUCAUGUGGGUUGCCGGCACCCUCGUGGAGUACCGGCGCGCCAUGACUUUCGAGUCGAGGGACGUGGAGGAAGCCGUGCAUUGGCUGGAAGCGCGCGCCACGCCCCUGCCGCUCGCUCGUGUGCUUCUCGGCACGCUCGAGGAUGAUGAUAAUGCGGGAGAGGCCUAUGUUCCGCCGGAUGAACAGGAGGAGGAAGAGUUGGAGGAGGAGGAGGAGGAGGAGGAGGAGGAGGAGGAAGAGAAGGAGGAGAAAAAGGAAGAGAAGGAGGAGCAAGGGCUACACGGGCAGGCAGCGACUCCUGCGGAGGGCGGUAAGAAGGUGGUGGGUCAAGCAGCAGCCCCGGCCGUUCCCAACCCCCAGACCACAGAAAAAGUGCAAGAAGACGCCGGUUGCGGAGGGGGUACGUCCCAGGGCAUUUCGACCCGCCGCUCCCCUGGUGGCCAGAAGUUGGGCACCGAUCACAAUCUACCUGUGAAAGUUGGGGUGGGAAGAUUUUGGGGGGGCGGGAUUGAUCGACCUUGAACACGUUGUUUGUUUAGGCUGUCAGUUCGCCGUGCGAGUUGGGUUAACGCCACUAUCCGAGACGGGAGAUUCCCUGCAUGCUUGGGCGUGCAACCUUCCCACCCCAGGUGGCAAUCGGUGCCUGACCAACAUGGCCUGCAGUGUUUUGUUAUCGAUGCAACUGCGGUGGUGGCGUUUCGUCGGCGCGUCAUGUCGGGUUCCUUUGACAUCAUGUUCUGUGUGCACUUCAUUCUGGAGGUCUAGAACGGAAAUUGUUACUUACAGCAGUACUCGCAUCUUGUCGCUUGACGGUUCUUCUGUGCUUCGCGGUUGUUGGUUCAAGCCAUGGACAAAAACGUUCGACAGCAGGUUGAUGGUUGAGGUGGAGGGAUCGUGGUGGCGGCAAUUGUGGUGGUUGGAGAUGGUGGUGGCAGUGGCAGUGGUGUUGGUGUAGUUGUUCGUUUGUUUUCGCGCAUAGUCUAAAAAUAACGUUUUGGGGGCGCGCAGUUGGAACUCGAGUCAUGGAAUGUUAGUCCGACGAGAGGAACCCAGGGAUUUGUUGCAUAGUUAGGCACUGCUGCUGCUUUUGAUGCCGGGUGUAACUUGUACAGUAAUAUCGUUGUGUUAGACAUAUACAUAUCUCCCUGAAUACCUCGAACGUCCCAAUAUACGUGUCUCCAGGCGAUGAGAUAAACACCACCAGUGUUGCAGGCUUCACGAGUGGAUGCCCCGGUAGAAAUGUCUUACUAUUUGUUUUCGUUCUGAUUGUCAUCGCCCUUGAAUCGGCCUUCCAUUGCGAAGCAGACUGACUAUUAGCUUUUUUUGCGCGGGGAUAGGGAAGGAGCAGCAGCAGUAGUCUUAGCCCCAGGGUGCGCUUCCCAAUAGGUACGGCUUGCUCUCCUCUUUGUGGGGACGCCAUUGUGGUGCAUUGUUCGCCUAGGACAAGAACGGGGGCGGCAAAGACUCAAGUUCUUCCUACCCG